AUGAUUCUGGUCCUUGCGCUAGUUCUAACUCUGGGGAGGGCAUCCUCCUUCCCGGCUGAUAUGCCCACACUCAGGUGUGGCCACGGUAGCUGCUCGAGCAUUUCCGAGGUGUAUGUUUCCCUCUUGAAGAUCUUUACGCACCACGUCGACGAGUUUGUCCACAUGCUCAAGACAGAGGUCUUUUCACCUGAAUUGUACCAUAGCCUAUCUGCUGAGUUGGAAACAUCGACCGAUCAGUACGCUCUUCUUUUCGAGGAGUUAAUUCCAACUGCCUCCCGCGUUGACUACUUUCUUUACAACGCCUUCCUCAAUGUGGUCACUGACACCAUUGUUUCCAUGGCAUCUAGCGCAACGGGGACAAAUCUCGGGUAUAGCUUGACAGUUAAAGAUUCUGUCGGUUCUGCCGACAGAAUUUAUAAAUUCCUAAGGACCACGGCUCGCCACAUUGUCUCUGACUCCUUUGACGCCGUGUCUUUACCGGGGCUUCCCGGGUUCCUUAUUGCUCGCCAGGCAGCCUACGGCUACUCUGUAACAACCCUACACGAUCAGGAGUCAGGCGUCCCGGGCUCAUUUUCAAGCGAGAUAGUUCUUCAUAACACCGUCAAAGAGCUUGCCCUCAGUCUGGGCAGCGGUUUUGUCCUUCCUCAGACCUCUCUGGCUGAGUAUUUAUUCAGCAAUAGCAUACAGCUCCCGUCAAUCUACAUGACUGAUUUCACAUAUCGGUAUCGAUACCCAUUCAUGAUAGCAUUUACUGGUUCUUCGCGGUAUGAAGGGAGAAUUGUGUUUUCGAAUGGAACCACCCACAGAACACUUACAAGUGCCACACAGAAAUGGCAUCUUGUCCAGACCGCUCAACCGUACAAUGUUACGCACCCUCUGCGCUCAGACUUCCGGAUUACUCAGUUAGAGGGCGCACAGGAAACAAGUCUAUCCCAGGCGAGUGAUAGCUUCCCAGAUUUUUAUAAUACAUUACGGGUAUUUCCGUUCAGAACGUCUCUUACCCCAUUUCUGACUGCCAUCUCCGGUGAUGGAGCCCAUAAUAAGGUUGUCCUGCAAUCCUGUGUCUCGAUUAAGGACGCAGCCAAGCAGACUGUUGCUUGUGCAGAUCCGCCUCCGCCGACAAACUGGGCGUCGGUUAUCUUUUCUUUAGUCAUGAUUGCGGCGGUGAUCUUUCUGUGGGUGUAUGGCAUAAAAAAUGCGUCCUAUAUGGCCAAACUGGACGAGUACCGCAUGAAGCACCCCGAGAAGGUCAUCCUAGAUCCAUACGAGCAGCGCCAGUCGGAUAGGAAGACUGCUCAUGAAGCCUUACAGAAAGAGCUUGAGCGCUUCGCCACCACUAGAUCAGUUGCCGAGUAA